CUCAGGUAAAAACAUAGACACUCGACCGCCGCAGUUGUAGCUGCACUUUUGUAGGAACCACGAGCAGAAAUGGUGAAUCCUUGAAGUAGCCACUGUGUCAGUGGGCUGCUGCAGCUCCUACGCUUGUUUCUCCUGGUCGACGAGGGAACUAGUGCAAACCACUCCCAGAAGUGUGCAUGGCCUCUACCGCGUCGUCAAUCCAUUUUUACGUCGACCUGCUUCCGCUUUACGUCGUCUGGCUGGUGUACCUGGCCCUGGGGCUGGGCUACCUGCUCACCACGCGGGUCUACGGGCACACCGUGUUGGAGCACCGGCUGACCGCGUUUCUGGAGCGGUGGGUCCCGGUCGGGUAGGAUUGUACUUCACACCUUUGUUUCUCUACUUUUGUCUUUCGGGAGUAUGAAAAUGGUGCCUCGUCUACUACUACUCACGAAGCCGGUUUAUCCGGUAGUUCUCGUCGCGGCCGCCCUAUUCCUAGACCAGAUUGGCUACGUUGCCGCGGGGCCGAACCCGAUCCGCAAGGUUGUCACGUUACUCGAGGACCUCGCGAAGGAGAUUGAAGCCGAGUCGGCGGAACAGGCCAAACUGCACGAGAAGAUGCAGUGCGCGUGCAAAAAAGCCGUGCCGGAUAUGGAGCAGGAAAUCGAAGACGCGAAAAACUCCAUCUCCGCGCUCCAAGCCUCCAUCCAGGAGAAAAGCGGCGCCGCGGAGCAGCUCGGCGCCGAGGUGGCGGCCUUGGACAAGGAUAUUGCCGAGAACAAACAGUCGCUCGCCGAGGCACAGUCCGUGCGGAAGAAGGAGGGGGAUGAAUACCAGGCGGAGUCGGCGGUGACAAGAACCAACAUCGCCGCCAUGGACCAGGCGAUCCCGGCCUUGCGGAAGGGCAUGGGGGGCGAGGACCCCGACGCGUUUCUGCAGGUGAAGGGCAAGACGGAGGAGAAGAAGAUGAAGAAGAAUUUGCUACUCCUGCUCCAGAACGGCGCGUUUUCCUCGGAAGCAGAUCGGGAGCUGGUGUACGAGCACGCCACGAGCAACAGCAAAACGGAGUCUUCGGGCGAGAUCGUCGGGAUUCUGGAGCAGAUGCGGGAGUCCAUGCGAGACAACCUUAUCGCCGCGACGAAGCAGGAGGAGCAGGCGCGGGCCACUUUUUUGAAGCUGGAGCAGAGCAAGAAGGGCGAAAUUUCCGCGGCGGAAAAGGAGCGAACGGAGAAGGCAAACCGGCAGGCCAAGCAGGACUCGGAAAAAGCGACGGCGGAAGAAAACUUGUCCGACACGGAGGCGGCUUUGACGGACACAACGCAGGAAUUGGACGACAAAAAACGCGAGUGCGCGGACGAGGAAAAGUUGUAUGACGAGAUAUCAAAAGGAAAAAUCCCCCCUCCACCCCAUAUAAAAACGGAGAUUUGUGUAGCAUGAUUUGUGAUCACAAAUCUUCACGUUGUCAUGCUAGAACGGAAGAGAAGAUGCGGACUGUAGUGUGCUGGCUCGUGUUCUUGGAAGGCCUUGUAGUGUCUUUAGCAUGACAGAAAGCACCUGGAACCGGGAAACAGCAUCACAGACUGGCCGCAAGUGAGGCCGCAGCUGCCUCUCUUUGCCUUUUAGCAAUACAAGUCGAUUUGUGUUGUACUCAAAUACUUUCGUUUCGAUAUGGGGAGGGGGGAUGUUUCCUCGCAAUACGAGAACGAAAAGGCGAGGCAGGCCGAGGUCAUCGGCGUGCAGGAAGCCAUCAAGAUUUUGAACAGCGACGACGCGCUGAAGACCUUCGACAAAACCAUGCAGAAAGGCGAACCGGAACAACCAGCGUCCUUUUUGCAGCUGAGUUAUGAAUUGCAAAAAUGUCUGGGUCUGGAAGAUUGCAACUUGUCAUGGUAAAUCUGAAGCAUGCAAAAAUCUGUGUUGCAUGAGUGCCAAAAGCUGUCCACUUUUGACCAAGUUGGAACGGAGUUUCUCAUGCAGAAUAGGCAUGGCAGAGGCCUCGCAGAGUCUGUCAUGCUACGUCCCGCAUUCCAGACCUCAUGGGUCAUGGAAAAUCUGCAUGACAAGUCUACACUCUUCCAGACCCAGACAUUUUUACAUUUGAUACGAGUUUGACCUCGCACGGAAAAUUCGACGCGCUCUUGGGGAAAUGCGGAGAGUACUAAAUAUUAGAUACUGGCGCUGCUGGUCUUAUUCAGUCACCUACUUGAAGAGCCGUGUUUGUGCAAUGCGCAAUAAACUCGCGUUUUUUAUGCUAUACAAAUAUACAACCUGACCAAAACACAACAGCAUGAUUACGCUUUUGAAGCAGGAACAGAAAACGGAGGACGAAGAAAACGACAAGUGCAAAGCGGAUCUCGCCCAGUCCGCACUGGAUGUCCAGGAAGCUGGGAACACAGAGACCAACGCCGCGCAGGCGGUGGAGCAGAAGAAGGCAGAAGUGGCGGCCGUAAAGGACGAAGUAGCGGCGGUCAAGUCUGUGCUCGCGGAAAUUGAGGCGACGGUGAGUGAAGAGUCGGAAAACCGGAAGAAGGAAAACGCGGCGUUUAUCGCGGAGCAGAGUGAGCUCUCCCAGGCGGUGAAGUUGCUGCAGAAGGCGGGGAAGAAACUGAAAGAGACCUACGCGGCAAAAGAGUUGCUGUUGCAAGAGGAAGGUGGAGCCUCUACUUCUUCCGCUAUUACUGACGCGGAUAGCAGUACAACGACCACUUCUGGUGCCAAUGAUAAUUCUGGCGCGGUUGUUGACUCUACUCAAGAGGAAUCUACUUCAACCUCCGCUAAUGAAGACGGCGAGAAUUAUCAAGAAGAAGUCUCCCCCGCCACUACCGCUGAGUCGGUCGACCAGGUUUUUGACUCCUUCCUCAGCUUCACGCAAGUAAAACAGGAGCAGCCAGCGGGGCAGGACAACCGCGCCCGGAAAGGCGGGAACAUCGUGAUCAUCCUUACCAACAUGGCCGCAGACGUGAAGAAGGACAUUGCGCUGUUGGAGCAGCAGGAAAACCAGGAGCAGAGCGACUACGAAAAGUUGAUGAAGGACUUAGCGGCCACGAAAAAGCAGCGGAAAGACGAGUUGACGACGAAAAAGUCCACGUUUGCGAAAUUGUCCCAGGAGCAAGAGGAGCUGGAGGAGGAUUUGAGCCUCGCGCAGGACGAGAACGCGGGGCAGCAGAGCGAGGACAAGAUAUGCAUUGCAAAUAUGUCUGGGUCUGGAAGGGUGCAACUUGUGAUGCAUUUUUUGGAUUCUAAAAAAAUCUGUAUUGCAUGACCCCCCGCAAUAUGAGUUCAGUUUAUGCUAUGCGGCGAGUGCAUUUCUCAUGCGGAAUAGGCAUCAGGAAGCUCUCUAAAAAUCUGUUAUGCUACCGGUCAUGCAUGCAUAACGGGCGUCAUGAGUCAUGCAAAUUAUGCAUGACAAGCCGGGCAAUCUUCCACACCCGGACUACAUAUUUGCAGUUGAUACAAGGCACUGCACGAGAACUGCGACUACCUGCUGAAGAACUAUUCCGCGAGGAAGGAGGAACGCGCCGGGGCGGUGGACGGACUAUAUCCUGAGUAAAAACGUACCCACACCAGAGUUGUAAUGCAAAUCUGCAUGCUGAAAAUGUUUCUCAUGCGGAGCCCCAUGAGAAGCAUUUUCUAGUCGUGUUUUGCAAUUUGUCAUGCUCCAAUCAGCAUGGUAUGCUAGAUCUGUGAUGCUGCUGAGCUAGCUCAAACAGCACUACACUACGAGUCCAAAUUUGUCAUGCAAAACAGCCAAAACUUGUGGAUUUGUCUAGCCGAUUCCCCAUCUUGACUAUGGUGUGGGUACGUUUUUACUCAGGAUAGACUACAGCAGGCCAUCGCGAUUCUGCGGGGCAUGAAAGACCCCAGUCUGUUGCAGAAGGGGGGAAGCUAUGGAUUGUAAAUAUGUCUGGGUCUGGAAACUUGUAAUGCCAAAAGUGAAUGGUAGACGCACUGCAAUACGCAGCUAUGCAUGACAAAUUUUUUGGCUGCCAUGUCUUACGUGUUCCGCAUGGCAAACUGCGUUUUUCCAUGACAGGUAAGAGGGCCUUUUCGCGCCUAUGCAACACAGAUUCUCGAGUCAUGCCAGACAAGCAUGACACACUUGCAUUCUUCCAGACCCAGACAUUUUUGCAUUUGAUAGAAGCGGCGUUGUGCGGGUGGAAAAACUGAUGUCCCGGGCGGGGGCGGCCCUGCAACACCGGGGGAAUUGAGUUGAUACAGAUUGAAGGUUUCGUUUUCGUUUGCGUUGGCGCAGCCACUUCAAGUGGAUCACGAAGAGCGCUGCGCUUGUAUGAUUUUUGGCCCGCAGCAACAGCAUUGGUUGGCGCUUUAUUUUUUCCGGACAGUUUAGAGAAGCUGAAGUUCAAGUGUAUGAGUUGCGGUAGCCCUAGCGCUAUUUCUCACUGGCAGAAGUAAAGUGAAGAUUCUAGCCUGCCGUCGCGAGACUAGCCGCGAAGGUGCUUCGAUUUUUUGAGUGAAUCUGGUGUUCCAAAUUUGAGUGCGACUGCUGAGAUUGUUGAGAACGCAGAAUACAUCGCGAUUCUGCGGGGCAAGCGCCAGCAGGAAUACAUUGCAGAAUACAUUGUCUGAACGCAGAAUACAUUGCGAGAGCAACCUCCAGCAGGCCAUCGCGAUUCUGCGGGGCAUGAAAGAGCCCAGUCUGUUGCAGAAACGUGCGCCGGGCGCUCCUGCCGCCAGCCAGGUACCUAGGUUAACGCAUUUAGGUCAUCACAUUCUAGGUUACGCAGUCAGCAUGCGGGCGCGCAACCUCGUGAGGACCGAGAUGGGGGGACUGACCACCAUCUGUGGCCCCAUCUUUGUACAAAAGGCCCCGACAACAAUCGGGGCCUGUCCGUG